UAUCUGUCAGCUAUUUCUUGUUUCCAUAGCUCAUCAUGGCGUUUACUCAGGCUAUCACAACACUUCUUUUUGCUUUAGCUCUAGCCAGAAUUGGCCCCUCAGCAUGCCAAAAUUUAGAGGGCAAAGUCUCUUGCGCUGACUGCUCUCAGAACUACGAUUUCUCUGGCAUUAAGGUCUCAGUGAAGUGUGAAGGUGUGAAAAAACUGGUUAUGGCAACUACAGAAGAUAAGGGCUUCUUCAAGGUUGACCUUCCCUCAGAGCAUACAAAAACUCCCUCAGAGAAGUGCCAUGUAAAACUUCUUGGUGGGCCAAACCACCUUUAUGCCUCAAGGGAAAACCAAGUGUCCCAAAUUGUGCAGGAAAAAGAGAAAAAUAGUUACACCAUAUCCACCCCUCUUAGUUUUUUCACAUCGUGUCCCCAAAGCAAAGAAUGCAACGCUGCCAACAAGUUUGCUUCGUCCAAAACCAUCGAUCUUCCUCUGCCUCCGGAGUGGGGUUUGGCACCCAGUAGCUACUACUUGCCUUUCAUCCCCAUCAUUGGAAUACCUUAAUGUGUUCCAUUAAUAUAUUGUCACUGGGAAGAAUAUAUAUAUAUAUAUAUUAUCCUAUGGUCUUGUUUUCUGCAUGCUUUAUUCUUAUGCGUUAUGACUCAUGCGUGUAACAUGAAAAAUGGCAUAUAUAGUUGGGGUUUUAAAUAUUAUUGCAUGUGUUAAGGAAGUUGAUU